GCCAGGCCCGUAGCUCCGCCCCUGACGCGGCUCCACCGGGCGCGUGGGGCCGGACCAGAGGCUCGCUGAUGGACUGGGUCGUCGGCCGCGGAGCAGCAUGCAGGCGUCGCAGGGCAGCCACCACGCCGAGCCGGGCUGGUACGUCUCUGCCCAGCAGCCGGAGGAGGAGGAGGAGGCGGCGGCUGCGGAAGAGUGGAGCCCGUUGCUAAGCAACGAACCUCACAGACAGCGAUCUCCGGGGGUUUCCUUUGGUUUCUCAGUCUUUAAUGUGAUGAACGCCAUCAUGGGAAGUGGCAUCCUUGGAUUAGCUUAUGUGAUGGCUAAUACCGGUAUCCUUGGAUUUAGUUUCUUGCUGCUGUUAGUUGCGUUCCUGGCCUCUUACUCAGUCCACCUGCUGCUUAGCAUGUGCAUUCAGACAGCGGUGACGUCUUACGAAGAUCUUGGACUCUUUGCAUUUGGAUUAGCUGGAAAGGUGGUGGUGGCAGGCACCAUAAUAAUUCAGAAUAUUGGAGCUAUGUCUUCUUAUCUUUUAAUUAUUAAAACAGAGCUUCCUGCUGCUAUUGCAGAAUUUUUGCCUGGAGACCACAGUGGGUCUUGGUAUCUCGAUGGACAGACGCUCCUACUCAUCAUCUGUGUUGGCAUUGUGUUCCCUCUUUCACUGCUUCCCAAAAUAGGCUUUCUUGGCUACACAAGCAGUUUAUCAUUUUUCUUUAUGGUGUUCUUUGCCCUUGUGAUAGUAAUUAAAAAAUGGUCCAUCCCUUGUCCUCUGACCUUAAAUUGCAUCGAUGGAGUGUUCCAGAUUUCAAAUGCUGCAGAUGACUGUAAACCAAAGCUCUUUCAUUUCUCCAAAGAGAGUGUUUAUGCCAUACCAACCAUGGCUUUUUCAUUUCUCUGCCAUACCUCAAUAUUGCCCAUAUACUGUGAGCUUCAAAGCCCCUCAAAGAAAAGGAUGCAGAACGUAAGCAAUACAGCAAUCGCUCUGAGCUUCCUGGUUUACUUUGUAUCUGCGCUCUUUGGAUACCUCACUUUUUAUGACAAAGUGGAGUCAGAAUUGCUACAAGGUUAUAGUAAAUACUUGCCACAUGAUGUUGUCGUCAUGGCUGUGAAGUUAUGCAUACUGUCCGCUGUGCUUUUGACAGUUCCUCUAAUCCACUUCCCUGCCAGAAAAGCUUUAAUGAUGCUACUUUUCUCAAAUUUUCCAUUUUCAUGGAUCCGGCAUUCUCUGACCACAUUAGCGCUCAACAUUAUCAUUGUUUUACUUGCAAUAUAUGUUCCUGACAUUAGGAAUAUGUUUGGUGUAGUUGGUGCCAGCACAUCAACGUGCUUGAUUUUUGUGUUCCCAGGGCUGUUUUACAUGAAACUUAGCAGAGAGGAUUUUCUCUGGAAAAAGCUUGGGGCCUUGCUCCUGCUCAUUACUGGUGCCUUGGUUGGGAGCUUCAGUUUAGCACUCAUCAUUUUUGACUGGGUCAACAAUGAAAAAAAUUUUUUUCUAUUAUAAAGAAUAACUUACCUCUGUAAGCAAGAAGGAAUCAUUCUGGAAGGCAUUGGAUAUGAAAAUCACACUCAGGAAAAUUAUUACCAGAAAAGCAAGACAGAGCAGCAGGAAUUUAGUCAAUUUAUUUUUAACCAAAAAUUAGAAAUAUUCAAAAUGUUGUUCUUAAAUAUGUUGAGUCACUCUUUUUUGUGGGAAUUUUAUUUUAUUUUGUUUUUGAGACAGGAUCUCACUGUAUUGACGAGGCUGGCCUUGAACUCAUAACAUCUGCCUGCUGCCACUUUACAAGUACUGGCAUUAAAAGUGUGCGCCAGUAUCCUGGCACAUGCCUGCCAUCAUCCUGGCACAUACCUGCCAUUUGUGACUUUUAAAAAAAAUAAAUAGCUUUUAUUUUUUUAGAGUAGUUUUAUGUUUCCAGAUAUAUUGAGUAAAUGAACUAAGGGAUUCCAUUUGACUCCCUACAAGGGUGGUCUAACCCCAAGCGUUCCCUGAUAUGAAUGCCUGUGGCAGUAUAGCACGUUAUACCCAGGAAUGAUAACGGUCCGAGUGAGGGUUUGUUCUUGGCCACCACUGAUCUUUUUACCAGAAUGCCAUGAUUGGGAUCAUGUAGGACUGUAGCACGAAUCUUAAAUGGUCUUAUUAAUAAAAUCAAACUUGGAGCCAGGUACUGGGGUGAAUGUUGGAAGA